AUGCCCCCCGAACGAAGAAAAGUCCGCAAAGGCACCCAUAACUGCUGGGAAUGCAAGCGACGAAAGGUGCGGUGCAUCUUCUCGGCCGAACACGCUGUCUGCAACAACUGCAAGCGACGCGGCACUGCGUGUAUCAGCCAGGAGCUGCCAGACAGCUACACUGCACAUCCAACUUCAAACCAGACAGAGGCGAGGCUUGAGCGAGUGGAAGGCCUUCUCGCGCGCCUGGUCAAUACGGCCCGUGAUGAAAGUUUGGAAGACUCAGUCUCGGAGGACAGCGAGCAUCAAAAGGUGUCACAAGCCCCGUCUGCACCAUCGAAGCAGAUCUCAGUUCCAUCCGACAGGUCUGGAAAGUAUGAUGCACUAUGUCGCGAGCUCAUUGCCGCCUGGCCUAGCGAACAUGACCUUGACGGCAUUGCCUCUCUCCCCACUGGUCUCUCGAUCCCCCUGUACCAGAUAGUCUGCUCUCCCUGUGCUGUUGCAGAGGACGCAAAGCCGCCAUCGCCACGCGAGAUGCUGCAACUUCCCCCGCCAGGAUCACACCCGGUCUUGGUUGCUCGCAGUCUCAUGCUGCUCGGUACAUUCCUUCAAGGCGUCGUCCCAUCAGUUAUUCAAAAACUGGGCCCCCUAGGAGACUCCUACCGCGAGAUCAUGGCCACCUGCGUAGACCGAGCGAUAAGGCUUGUGAAUACCAACGACGAGCUCACCGGCUUCGUCGAGGCGCUGCAGUGCAUCCUGCUCGAAGUCAUGUAUCAGAACUACACUGGCCAUCUCCACCGGGCCUGGAUGGCCGUUCGCCGCGCAACAGCAACCGCCCAGGUCAUGGGGAUACACCAGGGCCGUAACUCGCCGUACUUGAAAUUCCUCGAGCCCGCAACCCGUGCAGCCUUUGACCCUGACUACGUCUGCUUCCGUCUUAUCCAGAUGGACCGCUACCUGUCGCUCAUGCUAGGCCUACCACAGACCCCGGUGGAGGGCCGCUUCGCCAUCCCCAAGGACGUGUCGGCAUUUGGCCCCAUGGCCUGCUUGGAACGCAUCUACUGCGAGGUCUCCGGCCGUAUCCCACAGCGCACAGCUGCAGAUAUCAACGAUAUCUCCCAGACCCGCGAGACCGACAAGCUCCUGCAAGACGCCGCUGCCCAGAUGCCACCGCAGUGGUGGCUGAUACCCCCUUUCACCAACGAGGCCGACAUAGUCAGCGAUACAAUCCGCCUCAUGAUCCAAUUCACACACCACCACCUCCUCGCCCGGCUGCAUAUGCCGUACCUGCUGCGGUGCUCACCAGAAAACAACAAUAUAUACGACUACAGCAGGAUCACAGCCGUCAACGCCAGCCGCGAGCUCCUCUCGCGCUACGUCGUCUUCCGCACCGUCAACCCAGCCCACUUCUACUGCCGGGGGUGUGACUUUCUCGCCUUCGUCGCGACCACCGUCAUGUGUCUAGCCCAUAUCAGUUUUCGGAGCCACCGGGUUGGACACAGCAGUGUCUUUAAUUUCCUCAUGCACAGCCGCCCGAUGGAUCGUGGGAUGAUGGAGCGUACAUCUGAGAUUAUAGAGUCCAUGGCGCGGGAGAGUACUUCAGACGCAAUAGCGCCGAAACUUACACACAUCAUCCGCCAUUUGCUGGAUGUUGAGAGCAACGCUGCUAAUGGCGCGAUAUACUGCACGAGCUCGUCGAGGGGGGAGGGUGAGAUUUCUGGACGACUGUCGGAUGAAGCACUUCAUAUUCAUAUUCCGUAUUUUGGCACGAUUAAUUUUGAACAUGGGAGUGUUUUCAGGUCCGCGCAGCACACUGACCUCGGUCAAGCUUUCACUGAGCAAAUGUUUCAUCAGCCCCAGGGUGUACUAUCUGGUUUGCAUGCAGAGUAUCCUGAUAUCCAACCAGAACAGCUACAGAUUCCUACCAGUGAUCACCUUGCCAGUGACGCACUACAUGACCCGAUGCUCUCUGGUAUAGACGAUUGGGAUCUUCAAGGAAUCGACAUUGCCCUAUUCGACAGUCUGUUCGCAGGAUAA